CUUUGGGAAGAAGAAAGUGUAAAAUAUGCACUUUCAACUUUUGAUUCCAAAUUUCUAACUACUGUUGGGAAAGAAUGGCUUACACAUGGUCAAUUCAUUCGAAAGCAAAAAAAAGAGCCAAUGAGCUUUGCCGCUCAUUGAUUCGACAUGAUAUGGUCCCUGUGCCCAUGAAUAUUGAUGAGGAUCACUGGUGGCUGGUUGUGAUCAAUCUAGCUAAACAAGAAUGGCAAAUUCUUGAUUCAUAUGAUAGGACAUUGGAAUACUAUAUUGAAGUGACGAGACCAUUUUGUAAUGGUGUUCACUCAAUACUGCAGUCAUUUUCACCUUCGAUGCAAUCAAGGUGGAGUAACCUUGAUGUCCUGUCUUGGCGUAUUGUUGUCGUAAAGGAAAUUCCGCGGCAGUAUGACAUAUGCUCUUGUGGAAUUUUCACUAUAAAGUUUAUGAAAUACUGGAAUGGGUCUGAGCUUACAUCUUACUUCAGCCAGGAGCAUAUGGAAACAUUCAGGAAGAAGAUGCCAAGUGAAAUACUGCUUUCGUCCUCAAAUAAGAUUAGUCUUGUUGGAAAAGAAAUUCGUGACAUGCUUGAUGUUUAGUUUCCAGUUGUUUUUGUUAAU